AUGAGGUCGGGCAUCGACUAUCUAAAUGCCCGUAUCAUGGCACACGUUCCGGAAACAAUAGCAGAGCUCAUCCAGGAGCUAUCUGCAUUAAACUGUCUUCUUCUUCAAGGAAGGGAUUUUAUUGAACAACAGAUGGUUGACAACACAGACACCAAGAGGCUGUCUGAGUGCUUGAGCCUCUACUACGACCUAGCUCCUCAGAUCCGAACGCUGGAAGCUUACCUCCAACAGUUACUGCCCCAUGCCCACUCAAAAAGAGGAAAGCUCAAAUGGCUACAAAAGAAGAAUUCGAUAGAGAAAGAUAUGAUAGUGAUUCGCCAACUGUCACUGAAGCUACUGGCCCUCCUGGAUGAAUGUGGUGGUGAUAAUUUUACUCCUACUUUAGUGUAUUUUGGAGGGGAUACAACGACAUUGCAAUCAUUUCUCGACUGGCUGAGCCCUGAUGAUUACUCCACUCGGCUACAGGACAUCCUUUCGGGGCGCAUUCCAGACAUUGGACCAUCGAUAGUGGAGCACUCUGACUUCCGUGAAUGGCUGGAGAAUCCUGGGGCGGCAAUCUUGUGUACCGGCAUGCCUGGCAUUGGGAAAACCACUCUCUGUCCCCCAAACGACGACGAUAUUCGCAAGUAUUCGGCCGCGCUAAUUGCACGUCAGAAUACACUAAAUACACAGAUACGAAAUGAUACUAUAGACGUGCUCGUCCAAAAAUCUAACGGAAGCUUCAUAAAGGCACGCCUGAUCUUUGACUUACUACAGGAUCUAGGAAAUAAUAAGGGAUCGUACCCAGCGUGGGCUUCAAAAACUGAUGCACACUCACUAGAGGGGCUGUACAGCCAAGUCAUGGCCCGUUUGGUUCAUACCAAUUCAGCUUUGGAGAUAAUUACAUGGGUCUACUGCCCACACAGGCCGCUAACUGUCCUUGAAAUUCAGGAGGCUAUUGCCCCGAAUGUCCACGGUUCCACUUUAUACGCCCGCCAGGCUCGACAGGAUGUGCCAUUGGCUACAUUGUGCCAUAACAUGAUCGUAGUAAACUCUGUAUCCAAUACAGUCACCCUUAUUCAUUCAACAUUUAAAGAAUUCCUAGCGAAUUACCAUAACAAGUGGCAAUCUCUCCAACUCCCAGGCCUAAGCAGCCCAGCUACCUUCCUUUCACGGAAAUGCCUUGCAUAUUUAUGCCUCGAUCGAUUGGAUGGAAAGGUGCCUUUGAAAUUAGAAGACCUAAAGGAAGAACUGGCUCGUUAUCCACUGCUUGAAUAUGCCGCAAAUUUCUGGGGGAAGCAUGCCCAGAAUAUCGAGUUGGACGAUUAUUUGGAACUCAGUCAAGCACUAUUUGCUUCAGAGGCAAAGACUAUGAGAGCUGGCUUGUUGAUGGUGAGAUCUGAAAAAUACGAAAGGCAGUAUGAAGAAGCCUAUGCGAGAAUGCGCCCAUUACAUAUAUGCGCGAGAUUUGGGCUUGCCCCACUGGCCAAAUAUCUGAUAUCAAACAAAGCUCAUGAUAUCGAUGUGAUGACUGAAGAUAAAUGGACUGCUUUGCAUUGGGCAGCACGAAGUGGCUCAAAUGAGAUUGUGUCCAUCUUACUCGACUCUAAAGCUCGUACUGAGAGCCGUACAAAGAUAAGUAGCUGGACGCCGCUCCACCUUGCAUCGAAGGAAGGGCAUUACGAAAUUGUGAAACUACUUUUAGAUUCCAAGGCCAACGUGGAGGCUGAAGAUGCCCAAGGUCGAACCCCUCUAUAUUUGGCUUGCUUGUCAAGGAAGGAAACUGUGGUCCAACUUCUUUUGUCACAUACCAACAAGGCCGAUGCAAAUGUAUACACCAAACUGGAACUAAUGCCAUUGCACUGUGCCUCCAAACUAGGGUAUAUUGAGAUUGUGGAAGUCCUGAUAGGUUAUUCUGACAUCAAUGCGCGCGACGGCCUAGGGUAUACCGCACUCGACGUGGCCAUUAUUAAGGGCCACCAAUCCGUGGCUGAUCUUCUUACCAGGGCAGGUGCCGAAGGCAAGAAUAAUGAAUCAAGUUCCUCUGGCGAUCCUACCAUGAUGAACUACAAAGCAAGGGACUGGUCAAGAUUUGAGGUGGACGAGAAGAAAACAGCUGCUAUCCCCCAGGGGAAGCUGAGCUCCACAGAACGCCGAGAUAUAAUCUCCAAAUAUUUCCUUUCCGAGCGCCGCAUCCUCCAUAGAUUGCAGCACCCCAGUGUCGUCGAGUACUUCGGCUUUGAUGAAAAUCCUGAUCAGAACACUCUCCUUUUGUAUAUGGAAUAUUGCGAUAUGGGGAACCUAGACCAGUUACACGGACUACCGCCUCCAACAUCCCCAUGUCAUGAAUUCGACCCUUAUGAAGAUAGUGGACCUGCAUAUAAUGAGGAUGAAGAUGAAAACGGAUUUUAUACAGCCGAACGAAUGCCCCAGGGUAAGACGACACCGCUCAACGGCUUAGAGGUCUGGGGCUUGAUCUAUCAGCUUAGCUCCGCGCUCGCGUAUUUACACUAUGGGUUGUCAAUAAAUCGAGAGGGUCCCAGGACUGCCUUUUUCGAUGAGCCGUGGGCGUGUAUAAUUCAUCGUGACAUCAAACCUGCGAAUGGCACGUGGACGAUAGACCCCCUGGUCUUGCAAAGCAUCGAACCAGGCAUGUGGAUCGCAAAAAUUUGUGAUUUGGGGAUUGCCACCGCUCUUGAAACGAAUGUUACAAGGCUGAUCGGUACAAGAGCUUUCUACCCACCAGAGGUUUUAAAAGAGAGGCCAUGGGCGAUUAAGGGGGAUAUAUUCUGCUUGGGCCGAACUAUCCAACAUGUAUUGAAGCUGCAAGACGAGAAAAAAGACUCCAUUUGCAAGUUCAUUAAGGGUUGUUGCUGUCCCAACCCGAAGGGCAGGAAGAGUAGCCUGCACAUCAUGGAGGAGGCAUAUACCCACCUCCAGAGAAAUGGAGGGCUGAAUAAUCUACCAACUACAGUCAUCGAGCAAUCGGCAGCCAUCCAUUCAUACCUUAACGUUGGAAUUGGGGGCUAUGUCUUCCAAGCUUUCAGGCAUAUUGCAGAAUUUCUAGACACCAAUAAACCAUUUGAUGAAAAUGCUAGAAAACAGCGGAAGAUCACACUUGAGAAACUCAACCUCCUUUGGACAGAUGGAGCCGGAGAUCUGAUUCUGCAACACCCUGACGAUUCCACCGCGGCUGUCCUCGUCCUUCUAAGAAAGCGGUUGAAUCUUGAGAAAUUACUGUCAUCAGGCGGGGAUAUCAAUGUCCAGUGGAGGAAAUCCGGUUGGACGCCCCUACACAUCGCUGCCCAAGAGGGAAAUACAGAGAUAGUCAGGAUGCUGGUAGAACGUAACGCACAGAAGACUGUGCGAGAUACUACGACAAAGCUUCCGAGAGACUAUGUGACUAUAGGUGAAAUAUUAAAACUUCUUAGCUGA